AGUGUUUCGCCCGGGGCCGGAGUAGCCUGUCGUGAGUGGGUAGUCGCCGACGAGGUGAGGGAUGAAGCGGGCCCAGGCCGCGCCGGAAGAGUGAGCGAGCGAGAAGGCACCGAGCUGCUCCCAAUGAGCGGGCCGCUGCUGCACUUGCUCCCCGAGCUGUCAGGGGCGUCCGGGGGCAGUGGAAGCCACAGAAAGUACAGGGCCGCCCUGAAGAAGGAGAAGCGAAAGAAGCGCCGGCAGGAGCUCGCGCGACGGAGAGACGCAGGACUCUCACUGGAGGAGCCGGAUGCGGAGGCUUUAUCUGAAGAAUGCCACCCAGAGGACCAGAAGUUGUUGGAGACAGAGAGGCAGAAGUUACAUGAGGAGUGGUUGCUGAGAGAGCGGAAGGCCCAAGAAGAAUUCCGAAUAAAGAAAGAAAAGGAAGAGGCUGCCCGGAGACGGCAGGAAGAACUAGAGCGGAAGCUAAAGGAAGAAUGGGAAGAGCAGCAGAGGAAAGAGCGGGAGGAGGAGGAGCAGAAGCUGCAGGAGAAGCGCCAAAAAGAGGAAGCUGUGCAGAAGAUGCUGGAUCAGGCGGAAAAUGAGUUGGAAAAUGGUGCCACAUGGCAAAACCCAGAGCCACCCUUGGAUGUAAGAAUAAUGGAGAAAGACCGGGCCUAUUGUCCAUUCUACAGUAAAACCGGAGCGUGCCGAUUCGGAGACAGAUGUUCACGGAAGCACACUUUCCCAGCAUCGAGUCCCACCCUUCUUGUGAAAAGCAUGUUCACGACGUUUGGAAUGGAGCAGUGCCGAAUGGAUGACUAUGACCCGGAUGCCAGCCUGGAGUACAGCGAGGAGGAGACCUACCAGCAGUUCCUGGAGUUCUAUGACGAUGUGCUUCCCGAAUUCAAGAACGUGGGGAAGGUGGUACAGUUCAAGGUCAGCUGCAACUUUGAACCUCAUCUGAGGGGCAACGUGUACGUCCAGUAUCAAUCGGAAGAAGACUGCCAAGCAGCCCUUUCUCUGUUUAACGGACGGUGGUACGCGGGACGACAGCUGCAGUGCGAGUUCUGCCCGGUGACUCGGUGGCAAAUGGCGAUUUGUGGUUUAUUCGAGACCCAGCAGUGCCCGCGCGGCAAGCACUGCAACUUUCUCCACGUGUUCCGAAACCCUAACAAUGAGUUUUGGGAAGCUGACAGAGACAUGUACCUGUCCCCAGAUGGGACUAGCUCAUCCUUUGGGAAGAACUCAGAUCGGAGAGAGAGGCUGGGCCACCGUAACAGCUACUACAACAGGUCAAGGGGAAGAUGGAGUCCUAGUUCCGACUAUUCCUACCACAGAAACGGGGAGUUGGAGAGAAGAAGUCGACACAGGGGGAAGAAGUCUCAUAAGCAUGUGUCCAAAAGCCGGGACAGGCACAGCUCCCGAAGUAGAGGCAGGAAAAGAGGCCGUAGCCACAGCCACAGCCGAAGCUGUAGCCGUAGCCGCAGCCGCCGGAGGCCCCGCAGCCGUGGGAGGAGGCAGGCAGGUAGCAAAGAUAGAAACACCCAGAGCCCCAAAGCCAGGUAAAUUGCUUUUGGUCCUAAAUGGAUUUCUAGUUAUUCUGGCUGCUGAGCACGCUGGCCAGAAGGGGAUGUGUGCCGAGCCCUGGACUCAAAAUUAAAGGGGUGAGUCAGUAUGGGAAAUGGAGAAAGAAUGUACAUGGAUGUCAUGUUAACCUGCGGAGCUAGUUCAUUUAACCUGGGAAGACCCAGCACGGAUUUUUCUAGUUACUGUGUGGCUGCAGGUGAAUGUUUUCACCCUGAAACAUGGUUCCAUUUCCAAAAGCCCCUAUUGGGACAGGAUUUUACUUGCUGCCUAGCUGAAUCUACCAGUGUAUUUUACCCUCUUCCAAGGGUCGGAUUUUUAUUUAAAAUUUUGUACUUGUCAAAGAAGCCUUUGCUGAAAACAAAUAGAAACACCACCCCCAAAUAAAAAUAAACCCUGUGUAUUUCUUGAA